AUGAAGACCACCAUCUUGCUCACUUUGGUUGGCCUUGCCGCAGCUGCGCCAGCUCCUCUGGUCUCCCGUGCAAACAUUCCCGGUAUCCCAACGACUGCGGCUGCCAAAACCCAACUUGCAGGCCUCACCGUCGCUGCCCAAGGCCCUCAAACCGGCUACUCGCGCGAUCUAUUCCCCCACUGGAUCACACAAUCUGGCGCUUGCAACACCCGCGAGGUCGUCUUGAAGCGCGACGGAACGAACGUCGUACAAGACUCUUCCUGCGCCGCUACGUCCGGAACUUGGUACAGCCCCUUGGAUGGCGCCACCUGGACCGCCGCAGCUGACGUCGACAUUGAUCAUCACGUUCCUUUGAGCAAUGCCUGGAAGUCUGGAGCUUCAGCCUGGACGACUGCACAGCGUCAGGCCUUCGCCAACGAUUUGACAAACCCGCAGCUCAGCGCUGUGACGGACAACGUCAACCAGGCGAAGGGUGACAGUGGACCUGAGGCUUGGAAGCCACCUCUAGCAAGCUACUACUGCACCUACGCAAAGGCGUGGGUCAGGGUCAAGAGCGUCUACAAGUUGACGAUUACGAGUGCGGAGAAGACGGCGUUGACGAGCAUGAUAAACACAUGCUGA